AUGGCCAAGAAUCUUAAAAAGGGAAAGAAAGUAUUUAAAAAAUCAGUCAGAAAAGUCAACCGUUUGAAAGAAGAAGAAGAAUUGGCAAAAUUACAAGAGAGAAUUAACAAUUAUAAUCCGAAAACAGAUGAAGCAUCCAUAUCUCAAUUCAGUGAUCUCCCUAUCACUGAGAAUACUUUAAAAGGGUUAAAAGAAGCAACUUUUGUGUCGUUAACUGAUAUUCAAAAGAAAACCAUUCCAGUGGCUUUGAAAGGUGAAGACUUAAUGGGAACAGCACGUACUGGAUCAGGUAAAACAUUGGCAUUUUUAAUUCCUGUGAUAGAGUCAUUGAUACGAAACAAAAUUACUGAGUAUGAUGGGCUAGCUGCAUUAAUUGUGUCACCAACGAGAGAAUUGGCAGUACAGAUUUUUGAAGUUUUGACUAAAAUUGGUAAAUAUAAUUCCUUUUCUGCAGGUUUGGUGACUGGUGGGAAAGAUGUCCAAUUUGAAAAAGAGAGGGUUUCAAGAAUGAAUAUUUUGGUAGGUACUCCGGGCAGAAUUUCACAACAUUUGAAUGAAGCAGUUGGGAUGGAAACAUCAAAUUUACAGGUAUUGGUUUUAGAUGAAGCAGAUCGAUGCCUAGAUAUGGGUUUCAAAAAACAAAUUGACAAUAUUUUAGGUCAUUUACCAACUACAAGACAAACAUUGUUAUUUUCAGCAACUCAGUCUGAGAGUGUUAAUGAUUUGGCCAGAUUGUCGUUGACCAAUCCAAACAAGAUUGGUGUAUCUUCAGACCAAGAAGUAUCAGCAACUCCAGAAUCAUUAGAACAGUAUUAUGUAAAAGUGCCAUUAGAUGAAAAAUUGGAUGUAUUGUGGUCAUUUAUCAAAUCACAUUUGAAAAGCAAAAUCUUGGUGUUUUUUUCAUCUUCCAAGCAAGUCCAAUAUACUUAUGAAACGUUUCGUACGUUGCAACCGGGGAUAUCAUUAAUGAAAUUAUAUGGUCGCCAUAAACAAACAUCACGUUUGGAAACAACCAUGAAAUUUUCUCAAGCCCAGCAUGCAUGUUUAUUUGCAACAGAUAUAGUGGCUCGAGGGUUGGAUUUCCCAGCUAUUGAUUGGGUUGUUCAGGUUGAUUGCCCUGAAGAUGCCGCAACAUAUGUGCAUCGAGUUGGUCGUUCUGCUCGUUUUGGUAGAAAAGGUAAAUCCUUGUUGAUGCUAUUACCUCUGGAAGAAGAAGGUAUGUUAAAGAGAUUGAAGAUCCACAAGAUUGAACCGAAAUUGAUGAACAUUAAACAAAAAUCAAAAAAAUCAAUAAGGCCACAAUUGCAAUCAUUGUGUUUCAAGGAUCCUGUUAUGAAGAAUUUGGGUCAAAGAGCUUUUAUUGCUUAUUUCAAAUCUGUACAUAUACAAAAGGACAAGGAUGUUUUCAAAGUGGAGGAACUACCAGCAGAAUCUUAUGCUGCUUCGUUGGGAUUACCUGGUGCACCAAGGAUCAAAAUUAAAGGAGGUGAAUCAAACAAAGAAAAGAAAAAUGCGUCAAGAAAAUUGAUAGCAUUAGCAAAAACAGACGCUGAUGGGGAAGUUCAAACUGAGAAUGAAAAAGUUAGAACCAAGUAUGAUAGAAUGUUUGAAAGAAAGAAUCAAACCAUUUUGUCUGACCAUUAUUUGAAUAUGACUGGUAACAAAGUGGAUAGUGAUGGCGACAGUGAAGAAGAGGAUUUCAUGACAGUAAAGAGGAAAGACCAUGAAUUAAAAGAAGAUGAACUUUUCGAUUUGACAAUACCAGUAUCCAAAAGACAAGCCAAGAAAGCUCUUUCAAGAAAGGCUACGCUUGCAUCGAAGGGGAAUCCUACAAAAUUGAAAUUUGACGAUGAUGGUGUUGCACACGCUAUUUAUGAGUUGGAAGACGAAAAUGAUUUCAUUAAAGCUGGUGAUGCUAAGAAACAAAAGGAGGAAUUUGUAAAUAAAGAAAGGGAAACUAUGAAAAUAUCAGAUAUUACUGAUAAAGAGGUUGAAAGACAAAAGAGACAAGAAAAGAAGAGAAAAAGAAAAGAAAUUGAAAGAAGAAUGAGAGAGGAAGAAGAGGAAGAAGAAGAAUAUGACCAUGAGCCAGCAGUAGUGACUUUGGCUACACCAGAUUUGGAAAGAGACAUGCAGUAUGAUAACGGUUCCGAUGUUGAAGAACCGGUGUCUAAGAAACCUAAAUGGUUCGAGGAUGAUAACAAGAGUAAGAAUACAAAUGAUGGCUUCGUUGAAUAUGAUGAGCCCGAAACAUUAGAAGAUUUGGAAUCUUUGACAGCCAGAUUAAUUGGUAAUUAG